AUAUUUUAUUACCAAACAAAGCAAAGCAAAACAAGCCUACUGAAAAUUCCAGAAAUGGUUUAGCCCUCGACGCCGGAAGAGAUGAAACAAGGGAAGAAGAGGAAUUCCGACACUGCUUCCGUGCAGCCGCAGCAAUCCGCUCUUCCAUCGGCCGCCGGGGAUGAGGACGGGCGGCGAAAAUUCCAAGAGCAAAUUGACAACCUCGAAGUUGCAGGCGAGGCUGCUGAAGAAGACGAAGAUGGGGACGAGGAGGAUUUAGAAGCUGAGAGGGAGCUGGAGCAGUCGGAGGGCGCGCAGAUUGACGACGAUGCGGAUGGAGAGAGGACGAAGCUAGCUGAUGGGUACUAUGAGAUUGAGGCCGUACGGAGGAAGCGCGUCCGGAAGGGUAAAGUGCAGUAUCUUAUCAAAUGGCGCGGCUGGUCCGAGGCGGAAAAUACAUGGGAGCCGGUGGAGAAUCUGUUGCAAUGUUCGGAUUUCAUCGAAGCAUUUGAAGAAAGUUUGAAAGCUGGGAAAAGCCGGUCAACGCGCAAAAGGAAGCGCAAGGCUGGCAUCACUCAUGUUCACACCAAGAAAAAACAACCCCAGCCACAGCAUCGCUCUCCAGCUGCAGCCACUUACAAUGUGCCCGCCCACGUGAUUCGGCUUUCUGAGGAGUCUGCACCACUUUCCCAAAUGAAUGACGUGUCGUUUACGAAUGAGAGUGGGGAGCCUAAUAUAAAUGAGGAAUGCAGCAUUGAAACCUACAAGAAAGUAUAUGAAAAUGGCUCAAAAAUGCGAUCUGGUAUGAGAGAAGAAGAAAGGAAACAAAGCAAACUGGAUUUGAAACUCUGUGAACUGAAAGGAACAACGGCGAUGACGAACACAGGAGAGGCUGGUAGGAUUGCUUUGACAUCCCAAGGUGGGCACUCUGCAGGCGGAGAUUCAAUGGUGAACGGAUCAAAGAAGACUGAGGGAGUGGAUCCGGCGCAAUUAGGUCGGUGCACUGGAGCUAAAAAGAGGAAAUCUGGUUGUGUGAAGAGGUUCAAGAAGGAUCCGGCCACUGACGCCGUUGAUGACUCACCAAAUGGUGUUUCCGCUUGUAAUUCGCUUGUACCUGUUAGUGUUCAAUAUCCUGAAUUUCAUGGAAACAAUACGAAUUGCAAGGAUAAGUCUGAAGAUCUGAGAAACUUGUGCACCAUCACUCAAAUUCUGAGGCCUAUAAGUUACAGAGCUUCCGAUUCAAACAAUGCCCAGGAUGUUCUACUAGCCUUUGAGGCUCUGAGGUCUGAUGGAACCAAAGUUAUAGUCGAUAACAAAUUCUUGAAAGUUAACAAUCCUCUCUUGCUGAUUGAGUUCUAUGAGAAAAAUCUUCGGUGCAAUCCAAUUUAAAAACUGACCAAGUUCGCACAAGCAGCAGCAUCGGGACUUUCUUUGUGUAUAGUGUUGUGAUAGCUGAUGUGCACAAACCGACAGGAAAUUUCGUAAAAAUAGUGGUAAGGCUGAUCGAUUAUGUGACAGACAAAUGUGACACUUAUUCUGCAGACUAAUUCCUGUUUUACAAUUA